CCCAGCGGCACUGCACGCGGCGCCGCGCAGUGCACCAUGUCAUGUAUUGUAUGCUAUGCAGCUCAAUCAACUGGCUGCCUCCCUCGUCUGUCACUCACAUCCACUCCAUUCACUCGACACGCACGCGGAAAGAUGACGGCCGGGGGAUUGGCCAGUCAGGGAAGACCUCUCUCAGCAAAUUGAGGCACCCAUCGCGCUUCGGCAUGUGAUCGCCGCGCCACGACAGAGACUCCUUGCCACCGUCGAAGCCAUACAGACUCGAGUCCUCUACUAUCACACCUGCAAAGUGGAAGCGCAUCCAUCGAUGGGGCCUGCCUGCCUGCCUGCCCUGGGUGCUCACUCACAUGCUUCUUGUUCGUCGCCACUGAUGUAGGCAGUGAGCCAGUUGAACAGCAUGUCCUCGCAGUUGCGCUCGCGGUUUAUCAAAUCAAUCACCGGGCUGAAUUAACGAACGGGUCAGUCACACACCACAUCAAGGGAAGCGACAUUGAGCCAAUCCCUCUGUGUGUGAGAGUACCGACCGAGGCACGAGCUUCAUGUACGCCAACAGGAGCGACGUGGACAUGAGAGCCGCGCUCGUCAGAGCGAUGUUGUCUUGGUCGCUGUCAUUCUCGGUGCCGUAGUACAGGGUGGUCUUUGUGCCGUCCACACACCGGCGAAUCGUCCGCCGAUUCUCAUGCACACUGAUUAUGCGCCUCGGGAACAGCCGUGCGGCCAAAAGAAACUUGUGGAUAUCAGCUGUGACAGACAAGCAACGAAUCGCAGACAGAUCACACACCAGCCAGUUUGUGUGCGUAUGUACCGUACGUACCACAGGUGAAGGUCUUGUCGUCGUCGAGGAUCAGCGUGAAGGGCGUGUCAAUGUACUCGGCCACAUAAAACCUCUCGCCAAGCCCCCGCUCCCCCGGGAGCACCCGAGUCUUUGUCGAACCCACCUGCCUGAGCUUCUCGUGCAGAGCCUCUCUGAAGCCGUCGAUGGACUUGUCGUGCGGCACCCAUUGUCCCCAAUGUUGGUGUAUCGGCACCCAUGUAUCGAGCACGAUCUCUUUGACGAAGCCGCACCUCUCGAGGGCUGGGAGGUACCGAGCGACCCAGCGCCGAGCACGGGAGGGGCCCAUCGUCACAGCCACCGUCACAGAGUUCUGCAUUAUAUGAGCAGCGGGAGAGAAGGGGCAACACUGCCUGUCUGCCUGUCUUUGGUGUGGUGAAUCACCUCACCUGCAAGUCGUCCGUGUCGGUUUCGUUCCUCCUCAGUACCAGAGUGGUCUGGCUGCUGAACGUGGCCCUCCGUCUGAUCGGCGCUUUCCUCCUGCAGCCACCGCUGGGAAGCCACCGCUGCAGUGACGCGCCCUCCAGCGCUGUGUAGUUGUACGGGACAAUGGCGGUGGGACCGGUGAGCGUGGAGGGCAUGCGUGUGAGUGUCGUCCUCAGAUAGCCCCAGUCGACGAGUAUCCAGGUGGCUCCCGCCACAAGGGCAAAAGACAGGGGCUUCACGGCCCACAUAUGUAGCAG